GGGAGUCUAAGGCAUGGCUCAAUACCAUAACCGUCAUCGCCAAGUAGUACAACAUUUGCUUUAUCUAUUAGUUGUGAUCUAGUCUGUGAAUUUCUCCAUAUUCUGAAAUCGUGCACUGAUCCAGGCUAACUGACAUCAACACUUGUGAACAUCUCUCUGAAAGUAGGUUUCCCUUUUCGGUUAAUAUACUCAUCUCCAUGGUGAUUUGGUCUCAGGAUUCCUAUAUGUGUACAAUCAAUUACACCAAUUGCUGUCGGAAAUUUAUACAUGCUUUGCCAUAUCCGCUUGGCCUCCAUCAGUUCAUGAGGGGGGGGAGGGUACUUGAUCCAUUCGUUCGACUGUGCAACUAUGCUGUUUACAACUCUAUCCACAGUCCGAGAUACCAUUGCUUGACUAACACUAAGCUCCUGACCAAUACCUUGUUGAUAUCGAGGGUCACCGAGAUAGCGUAGACAUAUCUUCAUUUUAUGAAUAC